GAAACACGUUCUUAUACGUGACAACUAGGUCACACCCAUCCUUGUUUUUGCAUUCCCCAAGCCAGGUAUAUAAGUGCACGCGUAGGAGAAGGAUAGCAUCAGUUGAUCAACACAAUCAAACAAACUCAACAUGAAGCUGUUCAUUAUUGCCGCUGUCUUGGCCGUUGCUGCCGCCGCUCCUUCCAGUUACAAAACGGAGGAGAAGAAAUACGAAAAGGACUACAAAUACCCAGAGAUCGUCGUCACCGGCCAAUCUGAUGAGCGCAAUCUCGAUGGAAGCAGCCAAUGGAACUACGCCCAAUCCGACUACGCUACCCGCGCCGAAUCCCAGGCCCAGAAGAAAUUUGUCGUCACCAAAGUCGAUGAUUACGGCAAAGAAACCAAAGAGGAAGUCUAUGGAAACACCAACCAGGGAUCUUCUUACUGGGUUUCACCUGAAGGCGAGAAAUUCACUUUGACCUGGGCCGCUGAUGAUGCUGGAUUCCAGCCCAAGGGUGACCACUUGCCCGUCGCUCCCGUCCACGUCUACGAGCUCCCAGUUGCCCCCGUUCAUGAAUACGAACUCCCCGUCGCUCCCGUCCACGAAUACGAACUCCCCGUUGCCCCAGUCCACAUUCCCUUCAACGGAAAGGGCUACAAGAUUUAUUAAAUCAGCAACGUUUAAUUAAUGCCACGGGUUUUUCGAUUAUGACGUCUUCUAUCUACAUUAUUUAUCUACUUCUUGUAAAUAAUACAAUGCAAACAGCCUAAA